AUGGCAGGCCGCAAGCGUGCGACCAAACGCAUACCCGCCAACGGAAACGCAUCAGCCGAUCUCACCACGCCCAAAGUCCCACGUGCACCCUUCUCCGAAGAGCGACGUGCUGAGCUUGACUCUGGCGAACUACCGGACUAUGAUGCGAUGACAGAUGAUGAGCUCAAGGCCCUGGUGCUACAGAAGAACAUCGGUCUACGAGGUCGACACAAGAGGGCGCACAAGGUUAACGCGCUGAGAAAGUCGGAUGCCAAAGACGUGGCAAAGUACCAGGCCUGGAAGUACAAGACCCGAGAGGACCGGGCUGAUGUUCAGCCGAAGAAGGAGAACGGACACGAUAUCGCUCAUGAGCCAGAGGAGCAUCUUCAUUCACUAUCAGAAAAGGAAAAAGAUGAGUAUCGGAAGAAGGUUGAACUCAACAAACAACUCGGACAGCGCCAGGGCCUCAUGUUUGCAAGCAAGUAUCAAACCGAUCCGACACGCAAGUCCUUCCUCGACCUGCCAGCCAACAUUCGAUAUAUGAUAUAUGCCAUGGCACUCUUUGGCACGGAAGACCACGUCGAAGUUAUGAAGAUAUCCUACGUCGAAACCAAAGACCAAUAUCUACCUUUCUUCCGCCAGUACCUUGGUCGUCCUUACGGGUCGGAGAUUAUGAUAUCUGUGCUAGACAUGAUGGGUGCCAUGAAUCAGCAGAUUCGUAGUGAGAUUCGAACCUUCUUUUACGCAAAGAUGCCCCUGACACUUCAAGGAUGCAUUCCUGAAGAGACAGACGCUCAUGGCCUAGUUCAGCGGCUUAUUAUGAAGAUUGGCGUGGAGGGUAGGGCAUCACUGCCUAGCUUGAGGAUUUCUUUAGGCGGGUCUGAUGGUAUGGACUACAAGCAGCCGGGAUACGAUAGCUUUCACAGCCUUCUCGAGACGAUGACGCUGUGCCAGAACCUCGAGUGGUUUGACUUUCAAUUAGCGGUUUCUCACUUCUUCCACACCGAUGUUGAGCCACUCAAAGCCUACUUCUGCCACGAGGCGGCGCUUGAAAGCCUGGGCUUAGAGCGCUUUGCCACCUUCCUGGCUUCAAUGCCCAAUCUCCGGAGCAUUCAUUUGAUCAUGAAGAGCUACCCCCGCUACAAUGGGUCUCUGGAAGGCCUAUCUGGAGAUGACUUAUUUCGACACUUCGCUUUCACCGGCAUGCGAGAAGUUAUGCUAUGGGUCGAGCUUGAAAACCGUCUGCAAGCCAAUAACGUCUAUAAACAAGAUGAUUCAGAGACACGCAAAGUCAACGGUAGGACGUUUUUGUGGAUAAGGUACCCUAUUAUUACUUCUUCCAGAGAGGGAGACGAGAUCAUGGACUUUUCGACCUGGGUAGCUUGGCACAACAAAGCGUUUCCUAAAGCGGUUCAAGGAGAUGAUGCCAGGGUGGAGCUUGUAGACGACGAGUAG